CGGGGCCGCCAGGGCGCUGCCGCGGGCCGGGCGGGGCCGGCGCUGCCGCCCGGGCUCGGAGCCGGCGCCGCCCUCCUGCCCCGUCCCCCGCCCCCGGCGGGCGCGGGCGGCUCGGAGCCAGCGGCGCCUUCCUGCCGGGGCCUGGCCGCGGAGGUUGUAUUAAGAGAAAAUCUUUAAAAAGUGUUAAGGUCAUGACAAAGUUUAGAGGAUAAUCCUGUUAAUGAAGAAAAGUGUUGGGACUGGAUUUGUAAAGAAUGGAAGGAUAUAAUGUGUUGAAAGUACUGGGAGAGGGAUCCUUUGGCAGAGCUCUCCUAGUUCAUCAUAGAGUCAAUGACCAGAAGUAUGUAAUGAAGGAAAUAAGGCUUCCAAUGUCUUCAUCUGGUGUAGAGAAUUCUAGGAAGGAAGCUGUUCUUUUGGCAAAAAUGGAACAUCCAAAUAUCGUUGCCUUUAAAGAAUCAUUUGAAACUGAUGGGCAUCUGUAUAUAGUAAUGGAAUAUUGUGACGAUGGAGAUCUAAUGCAAAAGAUCAAACACCAAGGAGGAAAGUUGUUCCCUGAGGCCACGAUCCUUCACUGGUUUGUGCAAAUGUGUCUGGCUGUAAAGCACAUUCAUGAUAAAUGUGUGCUGCACAGGGAUAUAAAAUCCAAGAAUGUCUUCCUCACUCAAAGUGGAAAAGUCAAAUUGGGAGAUUUUGGAUCUGCACGCCUUCUUGCACAUCCAAUAUCAUAUGCUUGCACCUAUGUGGGAACUCCUUAUUAUGUACCUCCAGAAAUAUGGGAAAGCCUGCCAUACAACAACAAAAGUGAUAUAUGGUCUCUGGGGUGUAUUCUUUACGAGCUGUGCACUCUGAAACACCCGUUUCAAGCCAAUAGUUGGAAACAUCUCAUCCUGAAGAUAUGCAAAGGGUCCUACGAUCCACUUCCAUCUCACUAUUCCUAUGAACUUCAUUACUUAAUAAAACAGAUGUUUAAGAGAAACCCCCAGAAUCGUCCAUCAGCCAGUACUAUUCUUGCAAGAGGUUGCUUAACCAAACUUGUGAAAAAUUGUUUGCCUUCUGAGAUGGCAAAUGAGUUUGAGCAGGUAUCAAAGGAAACCAAGAAACAUAAAGGCAAUCCAGCAAGACAAAAGGGUAGUGUCGUGGCUGGUGGAAAUUCAAACAAUAAGACAGAAAAUAGACAAAGGCAAGAUGCAAGCAGCAAGCAUAGCCUCUUAGAAAGGCAAAAUGCUGAGGGUUUGAGUGAAGGCACCAGGGAACGAAGGAAAUCUUACCAAGAAGUAUCAACUUCUGCUGUCCUCCCAGGAAGUACUGAUCUGUCACACGCCCACAGGAGGCAAUGGGAAAAGAGGAUGUCCAAUACUGUGCUGGAUGUCCUGGAAAAUGCAUCCUUGCUUUCUUCCAGUUUUACACCUGAAGAGACUGAAAGUGGUGGUGUUAUAAACUACAGUGAAAAUAGGCCACGGAAGCAGUGGAACAAGGAACCCCCUCAGACCCUGAUGGACAUGCUCAGCAAUGCAGAUGUCAGCUUAGCAUUUAAAACAUACACCAUUUAUAAACCAGCUCAACAGCUGAAUGAGGUUGUGACAAAACACAGAUGCCUGCUAUGUCCUCCCUCCCUUCCAGGGAGACGCAGGAAAUGCACUGUAGCCCCAUCAGGUAAAUCCCCCCUCACUGAGGCAGUGGUGCCCUGGUUUGAGGGCAGGAUGGUCAGAUGGCACAGCUGGAGACAGCUGCACUCUACAGAUGUUCACAGACACAGUCACAAAUACUUGUUCUGCACUUCAGUUGCCUUACUAGUUUCCCACCUAAAAUAGGUAACAACUUAUCUUGGAAUCUGCUACAAACUGGGGAUGAAUUAGAAAGACUAUUUGUAUUUAUAUUCUUAAUAGUUUUGCUU